UUUACGUGACGUCAUCGCGCAAUUUUAAUGGCAUCUCGGAUUCAAAAGCUUGGAAAGCGACGGUGUUUCUGAGAUAGGCUCCAGCACUCCCCGCGACCCCAAAAAGGACAAGUGGUAGAAAAAUGGAUGGAUUUACUAGCAAAUGUGUCGUGUGUUUACAUCUCUAAAACUACAACUCCCAGAAUUUAAUGGGCUCUCGGAUUUAAAAGUUUGGAAAGCGACGGUGUUGUAGACCAACUCCAACAUGAACUGGGAUCGCCAGUUGAGCUCCAUUCUGUCAGCAGCAGAUGACAGUGUGGCCAAAAUGAGGGAGAGACUAACCGUACUAGGGAACGCCCCCAAAAGGGAAGCAGAGUACUUUCCAUUCACGGACAAGAGUUAUGCUGCAGAUUUUGGCACCACCACCACCACCGUUCCGUCUCUGAGUCCACCACAAGGUCUUCCAUCUUUGCAGUGGGCAGACGUAACCUCCAUACUGUCGCAGCUCCAGACACAGAAGCAGGCGAUUGAGUCUCUCACCAUGAAAGUCGGUGACGUGGAAAGGGAGAAACAAUGUCAACAACGCCACAUACAGACGCUACAAGUGGAGGUGAGCAGGUUGCGUGAAGACCUGAGCCAGAAGAGAAGAGAGACUUAUGACCGUCAAGGAGUGGAUCAAGGGAUGGAGCAGUGGAUUAGAGAUGCAGGUGUGGAUUGGAGCAGCUGGCCCCGACCUACGCCGCUAGACGUCCCCAAGGAGAGUUUGAGCUCCAAGGUGUGCCGAGAGGAUCUGCAACAGCUGCAGAAGGAGGUCGAGCAACUGAAAAUGCGCCUGAGAAGACAAGAGGAGGCCACCAUGCUCCAGGAGAAAGAGGCCAGAGAGACGCGGCGACUGUACCAACAUAACUGCCAGAUGGUCCAGGAGCUGACAGAGCGCUGCAGAACUCACAGCACAGACCUGGCCAACACCACCUCCGACUGUUCCCACACACAGCAGGAGGUCCGCCGUAUCGGCGCCACGGUGUCGGAACUGGAAGGCGAGGUCAGGCGUCUUCGAGAGCGCGACGUUGUGACGCCGGCGCGCACCCCACCCCUCCCGAACGUACCCGCCACCAGGAGCAGGUUCGCAGAUGAAGAGGCGGCGAGGGACUCCGACUUGGAGGACUUGAGCUCGAUUCCGAGCUUGGCUGACAUCAGCUCAGAGGAGCUGUCCCUGCUGGAUGACCUGUCUCCUCAUUACAAACCAGCAGAGCGUCGGAGCGGCGAGUCCCGAGUAAAGAUUGACUUUGCUGGUGACGUCGACGACGGGGACCAGGAUUUCGAAUCUGACCUGAGUCUGACUGACCUCUGACCCUCUUUGCGUGAGGUCAGUGACUGGAACUCACGUUUUCAGAAUGGGAAACAGAAUAUGUCAUUGAUCCCACGGGGGAAAUGUGGAAUGUUCUCAUGGUGUCUUAAUUGCAAAUGCGUUGCGAUGUAUGAGAAAGCUUGUGAGAGAGCUCAUGUUUGGUCCCGUGUGACACGCCCACGCAUCUCCACUGUACCAGGAACAAAACAAAGCACCAGGAAGGAUGAGUACAAACUACACGGCUGCUCUAAUGAGAAAACUUUAUCCCCGGCAUAAUAUCCCAUUUAAUUAAUUCAUUAAUACCGUGGUAUUACAGAGUGGAAACGUGAGCAACACUAGCAUAGCUAGGUUAGCGCCUGUGCUAACAGCAAUUGGUACACAUGCUCACUUUGUUGCGAUGCAUUUCUGCGCCACUAUAAUCACAACAGUAAACAUCGUAACGUGUGUAACAAAGCAUUAUGUGAUCAUGUAAUACAUUUACACCCUAUUGUGUAAUAACGCCACCUUUUGUAAUAUGUCUCAUUUUGUAAUAAGACGCAUUUUGUGAUCAACUUUGUAAUAACUGGUUUCAUAUUGCAAAUGUCAUUGAUGGAAUUAAAACAUUUUCCAUGUUCUAUUUAUAUUAGUGUAUUUUAUUCUUAGUAUCAUGUAUAGCAUAGUAUUAGCACAGCAUAAUCCAAAUUGCACAUGUGUAUGUCUUCCAAUGUUUUGGUGUACUGCUAAUUUUCACGUCAGUAGUACUUCAUUAGUGUGACUUUUGUGUCUUACUUGCAAUCACUUCCUUAAUGAUCAUUUGAAAUCGAUUCUUUUUUGGCCGGGUCGAUUAUCUGCUCUGAUAUUUGGCAUUUUGAAGUACAUUUUAGGCCCAAAGUUUGGACACACCUUCUCAUUCAAUGCGUUUUCUUUAUUUUCAUGACUAUUUACAUUG